CUUUAUUGUCAUCGUCUACGGCAACAAAAUUUCAGGUGCAUCAUUUAGAGAUCAUUUAGAAAUACCGGUAGACUAAAAAAAAGUUCAAACAACAAUAAAGUUAAAAGUAAAGGCAGCAAAAGAAAGAAAUACUAUGAGGGAAACUAUAAGGAUGAAAAUGCUGUAGUAGGUUAUAUAGUGAGUUGUAUAAGUGUGGUGAUGGGAUCACCUGGUCUCCAUGAGUAUAAGCCUCUAUGUGUUCAUUUGUUUUAUUGCACAUAAAUGGAAGUGGGAAUUCUUGAUUUGAAUUUGUUGAUUUUCCAAUUGGAGAGAGAGAUCACCUGAUGCACUGCAUGUUAAAACAGGACCACAGCACCUAAAGUAGCAGGAUGAUCGCAACUAGUUUCUUUAAGUUGAAAGAGAAAGUGAAGGCCCCCCCACCUCCAAAAGUCAGUGUCUCAAACUGCCAUGUGGAGAUCCACAUGGCCGCCUCUUUGCUGGUUAACCCCGCCCACACCAAGCGCUUAAACCGGCUAUUGGAUCAACGCUGGCCCGUCCCGCCCACCGGUGGAGUUUAUAACCUCAGUGUAAAAUAAGGCAGCGAGUCAAAUAGUGGGAGGUCACCCACGAGAAGUGACUGUAACACAGUUAUGACUUGUGUCUGCAGAGAGGAAAUGUUGUGAACUGGAGGGAACAGUUUUCUUGUCAAUGAACGAAGCUGUAAAACCGUCCUCACAGUCACAAUGUGGAAACCCACCGGGGAAACAAAAAGCACCUUCACCUCAGCGGCGGGACCCCGCGCCGCUGCCGCCGCGGUCACCUGUCUGCUCGUGACCGGGAUGCUCGUCGUCACUGUCGGACACCCGGGCAGCGGAGACCCGGAGGAGCUUCCAGCCGCAGCGGCGAGCGGAAAAGUUUUCUCGGCGUACUUCAGGAGACUGACCCGGGAGAGGAGAGCGAUAAGCGGCCCCCUGCGGAGCAGCGCUCCGCCGGGACCUGUGGAGCAUCUCACCCCCUCUGACGUGUUCAUAGCGGUGAAGACAACGGGGAGGUAUCACCGGCAGAGACUGGAGCUGCUGCUGGACACCUGGAUCUCCAGAAACAUGCAACAGACGUACGUGUUCACUGAUGGAGAGGACAAGGACCUGAGGAAAAGGAUGGGAGCUCAUCUGAUCAACACCAACUGUUCAGCGGCCCACAAUCGUCAGGCUCUCUCCUGUAAAAUGGCUCUGGAGUACGACGCUUUUAUUAACUCUGGCAAGAAGUGGUUCUGUCACGUCGAUGACGAUAACUACGUGAACGUCGACUCCCUCCUGAAGCUCUUGUCUCAGUACAGUCACGCCCAGGACGUUUACCUCGGCCGGCCCAGCCUCGAACGCCCGAUAGAGGCUACGGAGAAGCUUGGCACCGCUGAAAUGAAGCAGGUGCGUUUCUGGUUCGCCACAGGAGGAGCAGGCUUCUGUCUGAGCCGCGGUCUCGCUCUCAAGAUGAAACCCUGGGCGAGCGAUGGCACGUUCAUGGCGACAGCUGAGCACAUUCGCCUCCCCGACGACUGCACCGUCGGUUACAUCGUGGAGGCGCUGCUCGGUGUGAGCCUCAUCCGCUCGGCUUUGUUCCACUCCCACCUGGAGAACCUGGGGCUGGUGUCUGACAUACACAACCAGGUGACUCUCAGCUACGGGACUGUGGAAAGCAGCAGAAACACUGUCAACGUGAAUGGACCAUUCUCAGUGAAUGAAGAUCCUACAAGGUUCAGGUCUGUCCAUUGUCUGUUGUACCCAGACACUCCUUGGUGCCCCAGCCCCCGGCGACUUUAACAGCCUUCUCGAGACAAAGAGGGAGGGAUGGACUGACGAGGAGAAGGAGUAAAUGUCUGAAAGAAAAAAAAUAUAAAGUGAACAAGCUGCCCUCCUCUUGACUCCUGGAGAAUCUCCAAAACACUCCCACAGCUGUCUGAGGGGCAGACUGACUUUUUAGGAACGAGUACCACUAGCAUUAGUUUGACACCUGAACUCUGACCCUGUGAACCGUUAAAUGGUGUCAAAAGGCCAAAAACUGCUACAAGAGAAGACGACGAAAAGUCCAAAUCCGUGAAUGGAUGAGAAAUGGAGAAACAUCUUUGUUAUUCUUAGAUCCUGAAGAAAGAACAUGUAAAGUUUGGCCUGAUGGAGGUGUGAGAGGAAAAGCCAUGUGUAAGAAUGGACAUCUCAGCUGCGAACGUAGAGCUUCGCCUGUCACACCUGUCUCAUCUUUCUUCUGUCUAAUCCUGACAUUCAGCUUCAGUUGUCCUCUCAGUUUCAGCUCCUGUUUGUUAGCUUCAGAUGUGCUCUGGCUCAAUUGUGCAUCCAGCUUAAUGCUAAUGUUAGCAUAUGAUAUUAAGGCAUAGAGGGUAACUCUGGUCUAUUGCGGCUUGUUUUUUGUUUUUUUUUAUUUUUGGCCACCACAGCUACAACGAAGUCAGACGGGACAAGAAACAUGAGCACAAACACUUUUUUUAACAGGGAUUUAACAAGUAAGAUAACAUGUUGAGCUAGUGAGGUUUAGCUACCAGGCAGUUUUGUUACUUGUGGACUGAGCCAGGUUAGCAGUUUCCCCCUGUUCCCAGUCUUUGUCAGCUAAUCAGCUGCUGGCUCCAGCUUCAUGUUUACAGUACAGGCAUGAGAUGUUUAUCAGUCUUCUCAUCUAAGCCUUGGCAAGAAUUUGAAAAGGCCUACUUCUCAAAAUGUUGAGUUAAAAAGAAAAAAAAAAAAAUCUGAUUAUCUAAAUCUGAUUUGGAGGUAGAACUGAAAGUGAACACGUGAAAUGUCAUGAUAAUCUUGACCAGGAAAGAUGUGUGCAAGCGACUUUCUUAAGCAGAGAAGUUGGACCAAGAACUUGAAGUUCUUCUUUGUUUUCUCCUUCAAGUAAGUUUGUUUAACCUUGCUGUUUGUAUAAAACCUGUAUGAUCAUCUCACCGCUCAUGUUUCUAGCCCCAAGAGAAUAGUUACUAAUAGAAAUGCUGCACAGAACAGCUGAAAUGAGACUGUUGUGAUGAACUGAAAUGAUUCUUUACCUAAAGUGUUGAAUAAGUGGUACAUUCGAUCACGUUGCUGUACUAGAGGAAAAGUCAGGGGAUAUAACCACAGUGACCAAAUCAUCCUCUUGAGACCAGAAACAUUUGUACCAACUUCAGUGGUAAUCCAUCCAGUAAGUGUUGGACCUGCAAACAGACGGACAGCGAUAAGAAGACUGGUUCGAACGUCGGCAAUCCCACUGAAAGACCUGUUGUUCCUCACAUCCUCAAACACCCUGCACCUCCUCAUGCUCCAGUGUUGACCGGUUUGGAUUCAGUGCAUGUGACUGUUGCGGUUGGUGGAUGAAGCGAAGCAAUCAGAGACAGAAACACAGCGCAGGAUCAAUCAUUCAUCAUUAUGAAGCCAAAAAGAAAAAAAAAACACAUUUUGAUGAUCUCAUAGAAUCCAGACUCCUUAUCUGAAGUGUAAUUUGAUCAGAGUUCAGUAUUACCCUGUCUCUGAAGUAUGUUAUCAUGACUGUAUGACUGAGCACUUUGCUGUUUCAUUUCUGCUGUUUGCGAGUCAUCGUUUGAUAAAAGAAAAUCAAAGGAAUAGUUUUGACAUUUUGACAAAUUUGCUUUCUUGCAGAGUUAGAGAAAAAGAUCGAUACCUCUCACAUCUGUGCGUUAAAUAUGAAGCUAGCCCGCUCUGUCCAAAACGACUCCCUGUAAAACUAUAAAUACAUGUUUUUUUACACUUUUUUUUUAACAGAUUAAACAAAAAAGAUGUUGUUAUUGUUAUGUUAUGUUAAUUAGUGAGAUUAUUUUUUAGAGCAAGGCUAGCAAUUUCCUCCCGUUUCCAAUCUUUAGCUAAGCUAAGCGGCUGCUGGUGGUAGCUUCAUAUUUACUGUACAGACAUGAGGGUGGUAUCAAUAUUCUCAUAUAACUCUCCGCAGGAAAGCCAAUAAAACGUCAAACUAUUCCUUUAACAACUCUGUAUGAACUAGUGAGGCCUCUCUUACAAAACAUUCUUCAAAACACAGUAUAUGUCACCCGUCUUUAUCCGUUUAAAUGGGUGGAUUAUGGUUGUAGAUGAUGCGACUGCUUUUGAAACGUUAUAGCAGUGUAACAAAGAUAUUAUCCCCUUUGAGGUUUUAUUGAGAAAUGACUCAUGUUGGGUCGUCUUCUAUCUUUCUGUGCAUUGAAAGCAGUUCUUGUAACUGAAUGAAAGUUAUUAAGUUAAAAUUCUGUCCCUUGUUAAGUGAAUGUAUAUGAUGAACCGUUGCUUCCGAAGCGUACGUGCUCUCUCCAGUAUCUGGACUGUCUGUAGACGUUAUGGCUGAAGUUAAUAAAAACUGUUUUUGGUCAA